CGUGCUCUACCGAUCUGUCAUUUCACACGUGCGAAAAAUCUAACCUUUGCGUACGGGAGAAAUGAAUCCAAGGAGAAGUUAAAGGCACGCCAUAACCAAGUUGGCAAUAUUCCUCUAACUAGGGGACACUUUAAAAAAAAAAAGGAGAAAUUAAUAGUGAUGAUUUAUUAAAAAUGAACACCAAUAUUACUUCGCAAGAAUUACGAACAAUUAUAAAUGAAGAAAAUUGGAAUCAAUUAUUAGAAAACGUCAAACCAAAGCAUUUUGUCAAGCAGGAAUCAGAAGAGUUGCCUGAUGCAAGGAUUUUAGCACAGAUAUGUCAAUUGCUCGUAAGUGAAACCGCUCCGGAUGUGAUUAAAAUUUUAUGUUUGAAAUGUUUGGGAAACUCUUGCCUCGACAGCUACAAAUACAAACAACACAUUAUGGAAAAUAUAAAAUCUGAUAAUUAUAACAAAAAUUUAUAUAACAAAUUAUCUAAAAAUAAUUUGUGUGAGCACAAAGAAGACUGCAACUACCCACACGAUUCUCACUUUCCUUAUGAUGGAGUCGUAAAAUGGGCUGUAGAUUAUAUUAGAACUCGUGAUAAAUCCAAGGAUUCCUUGACUGACAAGGAAUUGGAUAUCUUUAGACUCAGCAUUCAAUUCUUAUGUAAUUUAUUUACAUAUGCAUGUCCUGAUGCAAUGUCUACAGAUGAUAAAAUUCUAACAUAUUUAAGUUGUGAUGAUUUAAAACAAGCUAUUGUGAAUAGUAUGCAGUGUGAUCACAGACCUCUUGCCAGUGCAGCAUGCAUAUAUGUACACAACAUGUUGAAGAAGUUACAUUGCAAUUAUUUCACAAGUGAUGAAAAGGAUCUAUGUUUUCAAUUAUUAAUGAAACCUGUUAAAGAAGGUCUUGCAUCUGCAAAGGAUACACUGUUGCAUCUAAUGCAUCAGCCAGAUGUAACAUUUGUAAAUGUAUACAAUAGUAUAGCGAUAAGUGAGAAACUAGAUUUACUUGAAAUUAUCUACAAUGAACUUUGGAAGUCCUGGCAGUCUGAUCCUAGCACAGUGCUCACAGAUGAUCAAGCUGAGUUUUUAGCGCUAACAUUUUGCAAAAAAAGCGAUCUUAUUUUGAAAACUGAGGAUAUGUACGUAAAUAGUGUAGAUCCUACAGAAAUUAUUCUUAUCCUGAACAUUUUGGGACUCCUUACAACUGAACAUAAGAUUUCAAAAAAUGCCAAAUGUUUACUCAUUAACUGCAAAUAUCUCUUAAUGUCCUUACAUAUGAUGGGAAAGGAAUCGGACAAUAAUUUCACUCCAAUAACGAAUUUAAGUAAAGUGGCACCUAGUGCUCAAAGAAGAGCAAUUAAUUCAGCAACGAAUGAUGCUGGGACAUCUGAAGCAGGAACAACAAAGUGCGAUCCACAAGAUCACCCUGCGUAUGGCUUUAAGGCGGGACUAAUACGAGUCAUUGCAAAUAUGGUACACAAAAACAAAAUGUGUCAAGACCUGUUUCGCGAAAUAGAUGGAAUUCCAUUGCUUUUGGAUUGCUGUAACAUAGACGCAAGGAAUCCGCUUAUAUUGCAAUGGACCAUUCUCGCUUUGAGAAAUGUGUGCGAAGGAAAUCUCGAGAAUCAAGAAAUUAUUCGAAGUUGCAAAAAGGAGGGCACGCUGGAUAAUUCUGUACUGCAAGAAAUGGGAUUGACUCUGAGCGAAGACGCGGAUGGGAAAUCGAUUCGAAUCGCUCCUUUGCGUCGCGAUUAGGAAAAUAUACAGUCCUGAACGCGAACGACAACCUGUUCAAUAAUUAUCGAACUAUUACACGCGCGAUAGCCGCUUGUAUAUCGAUAAUAUCCUCGAUAAGAUACAAUGAUCAGUUUAUCGGUACGCACGAAUAGUUAUUAUUCUAACCAGAUCGACUGGAAAUGUAUCCUGCUACACCGCUGAAAAACGACUCCGGCAAUUACAACACACGAUCUGUACAUUAGACGAAAUAUGAUAUCGUAUUGCAUAGAGUGACAUUUUAUCUACAUUCAUGGCGGAAUGAUUUACGAUACAAUAAAAGCUGCUGCGAGAGUUGAUGGUUUAUUAGCAAUUGCUAAUGUAAGUACAUUGCUGCUAUCGCCGAUCAUUCAAUUGCAUACCGAAAUGGGAUUUAUUCCCUUUAAAUAACGAUCUUUAAUAUUUCAUUAAUGCGCACGAUAAGAUAAUUACUUCCUUUAGACAGCAUUGACAAAUCAAUAAAUAAAUUUUCUACCAACAAAUCUCUA